UCAAUUGACCAACGACAUUGCUCUCCUCCCUUACCACCGCAAAGUCCAACAUCCGAAAAGCUUAGCCGCUGCUCUGCGCUUUUAGCUUUAGGGUUUUCUUUUAUUUUCAUUUCCAGAAAAAGGGCUUCUUCAGAAGUUUCCUGAGAUUGAAGGAGAAAAUUCAGGGGAAAGGAAAUGGAAGGAAAAGAAGAGAAAAGAAAGGAAAAAGCAGCAAUUCAAGAAUCGUCAUCUGUCUAGCAAGCAAAAUCCCACAGCGCAUAUCCCUCUUCUGACCCCCUUGUCCAGGCGUAAAGUUCUCCAUCUCCUUAUCAUAUUCAUCCUCUUUCAUCUCUGUUAGCAUUUAUUUGCUCUUUUGUGAAGUAGAAAGGAAAUUGGAAUCUUGAUUGGAUAAGACAGAAAAAAGGUGGUUGUCUGAGUCUGGGGGAUUGAAAAGUGAAAUUAAUUGGUGUAUGUUGCCACUUCUUUUUUUAAAUCCGGAGAGAGAAGGGUUUUUGGGGUUUGAGUUACUUUUUUGUGAAAAGUUCGAUAUUUGCUGAGAUUUGUUGCUCUUUUGCUUGUGAAUUUGGUAAAAGUGCUCGGUUUUUGGCGUAUUGGAGCUAAAUUGAUCUGGUUUUUAGUUGGAUUCAAGAGUUUAUGGUAAAGGGUUAUGCUUUUUACUUGAAUUUGGUGCUGUUCUCGUCCUGAAAUUGGUUUUGCUUGCAGUUGAAAUUUUGAGAAUUUCUUGAAAUACUCUGAAAGGAUCUGAAGAUUGUGGAGAGUUUAUAGAGACACAUAAGUUUUAAGUUUUGCUUUGGUUCGAGCAUCAGGUGUUGUUUUGAUGCUUGAGAUGGUAGUUGUUGGAUUCACUAGCUGAAGAAGAAAAGAAAUUUGAGCUUGCACCAUUCUGUAUUUGUUGGUCGGUUCGAGGUGUUGAUAUGGAUAAUACCAAUAGGCAGAUGAAUCGGCAUACGGAUCAUUUGGGUGUGAACAAGAUAGGGAAGAACAUAAAGAAGAGUCCAAUGCACCAACCCAAUUUUACUAAUACUGCCAGGCAGCAACCUCAGCCUCAGGUGUAUAAUAUUAAUAAAAAUGAUUUUCGGAACAUGGUGCAACAGUUAACUGGUUCACCUUUGCAUAAUCAAGAACCAUCUGCACCUAGGCCUCCCCAAAAUCCCCCCAAGCCUGCAAGUAUGCGGUUGCAGAAGAUUCGGCCACCGCCCUUGACACCAAUAAAUCGACCUCCUAUGGUGAUGCAGCCUCCUGUACCAGUGCCAGCUCCCGCACAGCCUCCAGCCAGUGUUCCAUACAACAACUUCACAAGACCUCCUCUUCCCCAGUAUGGCCAACCGUCACCAACUAUGUUGCCACCCUUCACUCCUGGUGAUGCUUGGCCAAACACAGUUGAGUCUCCUAUAUCAGUUUACAUGCGAUACCUUCAAAAUUCAAUCAUAGAUUCAGGGCCAAGGCAACCUUUUCCCCAGUCAAUACCUCAAGGUCUUGGUCCAAAUCAAGCUCAGCCAUCUGCUUCUGGCUUACUUCCUAAUCCGCAUAUGCUGCCUCUCCCAUCUCCAAGAAUGAACAUGCCUCCACCACUUCCAUCUCCUCGGAUGAAUGGUCCUCCACCUUUUCCAUCUCCUAGGAUGAAUGGUCCUCCACCCUCUCUUCCUUCACCCCGAACAAAUGGUCCGCCUCCACUUUUGCCUUCCCCAACUUCUCAGUUUCUUUUGCCAUCGCCAACUGGUUUCUUAAAUUUGUUUUCUCCUAGAUCACCGUAUCCAUUGCUUUCUCCUGGUUUUCAGCACCCUCCUCCAAUGACUCCUAAUUUCUCGUUUUCUCCCAUGGCUCAGUCAGGGAUACUAGGCCCUGGGCCUCAAGUGCCUCCAUCUCCUGGUUAUGGGUUUCCUUUGUCCCCAUCUGGAUUUUUCGCGAUCCCAAGUCCAAGAUGGAGGGAUCAAUAAUAUAGGAAAGAAAGCUACUGACUUUUCUGGGGUUCUACAUAGGUUUUGCCAUGACCUUGUUGACUGAUCCCUUUGUAUUUUAGCGUCUGCUGUGAAAUGUAGCAAUUAUUUCAAUGCAAGAUAUCCUUGGAAGUAUGUAGUCUUUCCCUUUGUUUUAUCAAUACUCAUUUCAGGUUCUCUUCUCAGAGGUA